CACCUGCUGAGGCGAAAAAGGAUCGGAGAGUUUUGAUGCUUCGGGAGAGUGGUCUGUCUGUCAGGAGCGCCGCAGAAGUUAUUUUUUCAACCGAGUUUUAAAGGAAAAGUAUUGGAAUAGACAGAAAGGAAUGGAUUUCUCGAUAUCCCACAUCUGCUCUGUAUUGAUUAUUCUCAUUGCAGGUGUAGCCCAUUGCCUGGAGAUCACGUCCCAGGGGCCCACGUCCAUAGAGAAGGCCAGCAGUGAGAGCGUCAAGCUGGACUGCCAGUUCUCUCUGGCCCCCGAGGACUCUGGCCCCCUGGACAUCGAAUGGAGCCUGCUGGCCUCUGACAACCAGAAAGAGGAUAAAGUGGUGAUCCUAUACUCUGGGGACAGGGCCUAUGAGGACUACUACCCUGCAGUGAAGGGGCGAGCCCACUUCAACUCAGCCGACCCGAAGAAUGGUGACGCUUCCAUCAACUUGACGGGUCUGAAGUCUAGCGACACUGGGACCUACCAGUGCAAGGUGAAGAAGGCCCCGGGCAUCCGCAGCAGGAAGAUGCUGCUGACUGUCAUGGUGAGACCGUCCAAGCCCAGAUGCUCUGCCGACGGCCCCACCCUGGAGGGUACGGAUGUGGUCCUGAGGUGUACGUCCAGUGAGGGGACCAACCCCCUGCAGUACACCUGGGAGAAGACCAGCGACAACAAACUGCUGCCUGCCUCCGCCGUGCUAGACCCUGUGGGAGGCACCAUGAAUGUAAGGAACGCGUCCACCAGCUCCUCAGGAACCUACCGCUGCACAGCUAAGAACCACGUGGGCAUGGAGGAGUGUAUUCUACAGCUUGGCAUCACUCCCCCCCCCAACACUGCUGGUAUCAUAGCUGGAGCCAUCAUCGCUGUUCUGCUGGCCCUCAUCAUCAUCGCCAUCAUCCUCUUCUGCUGCUGCCGCGCCCGCAACAGGAAGAAGUACGAGAAGGAGAUCUCCUACGAGAUCAGAGAGGACGUCCCCCCUCCGAAGAGCCGCGUAUCGACGGCCCGCUCCUUCACCAGCGUGGGCAGCCAGCGCUCCUCCCUAGGCUCCAUGUCCCCCUCCAACCUACACGAGUACGCCCUCAAGCCCCAGUACGACAAAAUCCCCUCCGUGGAGGAGUAUGAGAGGCCCCCCAGCCACGCACCCCUGCCCCCACCCGUCGCCAGCAAGAUGGCCGGCCCCAACCUCAGCCGCAUGGGCGCCAUCGCCGUCAUGAUCCCCGCCCAGAACAGGGACGGCUCCAUUGUGUAGUGGAAAGAAACAGAAAGAUGGAGGGAGAGACCGGGGGACACUAGCCAGAGAGGUGGGGUGGCUGGGCUGGGGGACUGUGCUGGGCAGCCAGAUUCUACCCUCUACCACGCACCACCAACUGGAACCCCCACUCUGCUCUGCUUUAUGGAGGUUUGGGUGUGGUGUUGUACUGAGGAGAAAAGAGAAGCAGUAUUGUACCAUGUCACCCACUAUGAACUAUUUACUGUUGACAAAAAAACAGAUGCUUUUAUGAAUUUUACUUCCUGAACUUUCUCACACAUGACAAUUAUGAAUUCUAGGCUGGGUACAUUUUAAUGGUCAAUUCACACAGGUUUCUUUGUACAUAGUUGAAUGCAUGAUGUUUUUUUUUUAUCUAGCCGGCCCUGUGCAUAGAGAGUUGUGUUCAGAGCGGACCAAGGUCUCUGAUUGGCCUGUUGUGUACCAUGUAGAGUAUUACAGCUUGACGUGUAUGUUUCUGGGAAAUGUACAGUUCUACUCUACUUUCUUUGGAUGAAAUACCCAUGGAGUGAUCAGACAUGUUUGAUCAAUUCACUUCUGUAACACACAGCUUAUCUCAAGAAUAGGGGUUGCCGAAGGGAUUUUAGAGUUCUGCUUUUCAAAAUAAUGAUUUGUCAAGUAGUUACCUUUUUUAAAGAUGUUCAUUCCACUGGUUGGACUGUGGCUGAUGUCAUGGCCAUGUUUGCCAGCCCUGAGAGAAAUUGGGUCAGCUGGUUAUUUCGACAGUUGACCGUUUUGAAAUGUCCAGCUUGGUCUGGAGGGGACGGGUGGACAGGGUUGGCUAAUGACACGGAAGGGGGAGUUCAGACCUCCACAUGGUGUGAUUAGUGUAUUGUCUCUUUGCUGGGUUUACAGCCCACCCUUCAAGUUCCUACAACAGGCAGUGUUUUGGGAGGUGCGGGGUGAGGUUCACUGAACAAUCAUAUUUGAUUGUGUUUGACUGCCACCAGCCCCUCUGACCCCACCAGUACACCCCUUCCUAUCCCCUACACUGUAUGGUAUUAUUAACCCGCUCUGGUGUUUAACCAUCAAACCCCUGAACAAAAUGGUACAUUUAACUGCACACUCAGGAUUCAAUAUCUCGAUGAAACAAAUUUUUCAAUUGUCAUUAUGAAGUCAAAAAUGUUUAGUGGUUCAUUCAUGCACCUCUAUUCAUGAAGGAUGAAGUAUGUACAGUAUAGUAAUUUACAUGAUAUAUGGAAGGAAGUGAGUGUUGAGGGGAAGAAGAAGAUAUUAGGGUGUUAGGUGUCUGCUGCACCAACAGCACAGUAACUCUGUUUUCCAGGGUGUCUAUAAUGCACCCAUGCUCUCUCACUCUGUCACAUACUCACAGCCCCCCAGUCAGUGCUUCUGCUCAGCCCAGAUGGAGUGUUUCUGUGAUUCACAUCAGUGUUCUUGUGCCUUGUCUGUACUGACUUGUAUCACAUACAUACUGUUACAGCCACAGGCCUCUAGGUGUGUGUGUGUGUGUGUGUGUGUGUGUGUGUACCCAGGCUGGGCUCUAGUCUUCUACCGUUGCUAUGCACUGUACAUGUAUGUUUUGUAGCCAGCUGUCGUUGUAUGGUACAUGACACAAUAGUUGGCUACAGAACAUGCAGUAUGUCUGUAGUACGAGACUCACAUCGGCAUGACAACUAGUCCACUUUUCACGGUUCUGGAUCCUGUGUAAAUCCACAUCAACUGAGUGGAGGUUGGUUACAUUAGCUCUAUAUUCGAACAUUAGCAAUGUAAAAAACAACAACAAAAACAG